GUGAUAUUGCGAGAGUAACAUUGUCGCUUUAAACAUUUCACGAUUUACCCAGUCAAUAGUUAUAUCAUAUCAAUGAACUGUUUUCUAUAUUAAAAGGCAUUAAACCACAAACAUGGACGGGAAAACAGCAAUGAAAUGCAACAGUAUAUACCAAUAUGUCGAAAGAAAAAUUGGCGGAAUUUUCGCCAGAUAUGGCCGCUUUGUAGCUGCGCAUGCGUGGAAGGUGCUGAUCAUUUCCGUCCUUGUCAAUGCCGGGCUUGGAGUAGGCUUGAUAAAGUUGGAACUAGACAAUGAUGCUUCUAAUUAUCUUCCUUCAGGUAAAUGUCCACGUACAAUAAAGGAAAGUGUAAUAAAAUGUCAUAAUUUAAUCCGUAAACAAGUUUUUAUAUGUUGUUUUGUUGUUUUUGCUUUUUUCUUUUCUUUUCAUAAAAAUGGGUCUCAAGCUGAGAAAGACGAAGCCAGAAUUGAACAGCUGUUUCCAGACAUCAAUUAUGAUAACUUUGAUUCUCUAAGACUGAUAUAUGAUGGUCCAUGGUUGAAUGUUAUUGUUAAAAGUAAACGUGGUAAUGUACUAACACGUCAAAUAUUGGAACAAGUUGUAUUACUGUCACAUGUUAUUCAGAACGUCACUGCCACCACUGAGUACGGAAGUACGGUCACGCUGACAGAUAUUUGUGCGAAGAUAAAUCAAAGAUGUGCGAUUGGAGGUGAACUAUUUGUAGAUGAGGAGUUUAUAGCGGCUGUUGAUGCUAAGAAAGUUACCUACCCAGAAUUUAACUCUUCUACCAGAGGCGUUAUUUACUAUGCACCGCGACUAGGGGGAAAUGUGGUACUCGACAGCAGCAGGAAGUAUGUUGAAAGUGCAGGUUAUAUACGACUGGGUGUUAUGAUUCCAUUCUGGGGUAGGGAUGAAUGGUUGGAGGAGUUUAAAGCUCAAAUGGAUGUAUACAGUAACCCGUUUAUAGACAUAGCUUAUGGUUAUUUUGAAUCGGUCAGUGAAGAAUUAGAAAACAACCUAACUGGUGAUAUAUCAUUGUUUCUGGGAACAAUAUCUUUGAUGAUAACAUAUGCAUUCAUCGCAACACUUUCAUACAGGGUAACCGAUCAGGUUGGACAGAGGAUCUGGCUAGGGUUUGCUGGAAUCCUAGCGGCUGGUUUGGCGAUUGUAGCAGCCAUUGGUCUUUGUUCUGCUGCAGGCGUGAGCUUUGUUACCAUUGUAGGCGUCGUGCCAUUUCUAAUUAUAGGUAUUGGGAUAGAUGACAUGUUUAUUCUGUUAUCCGGAUUGUCAGAGGCACAGUCUAAAACAUCCGUUGAGGACAAAAUGGCGGAGACAUUACGUAUUUCCGGUGUUGGCGUUACAAUUACUUCACUAACUGAUUUGAUUGCAUUCAUGUCGGGAGCCGGGUCGAAUUUUCUUGCUGUUAAAAAUUUCUGCAUUUUUACAGGGGUUGCUGUCAUCUUUUGCUAUCUUAACAACAUCACCUUCUUUGCUGCCUGUGUUGCAAUAAAUGAACGCCGAGUAGCCGAGAACCGCCAUUUUUUAACAUGCAGACGAAUUAAAAGUAAAGGUGAAUUACGUAAUGAAGGAAAGCCUAAACGUUACGUGAUGUGUUGCGGUGGACGCGCGCCUACUGACAGAGAAGAUGCUGAAAGUAUUGUUGACAAGUUUCCUCGUUGGUUAAUACCGAAGAUAGUGUUAAAGUGGCCUUGCAAAAUCAUUAUACUGAUUUUAUUUAUGCUAUAUAUUGCUGCAGCAGUGUAUGGGUGUGUGUACCUGAAACAAGGUAUGCCGUUCAGCCAAUUAGUGAGUGAUGAUUCUUAUUUCUACAAGUAUUCUGACUGGAACGAAAAACAUUUCGCUCAACAAUCCAUUGUGACAUUUGUGAUCACAGCACCGUAUGAUUACUCAACAUCUGAAACGCAGCUAAUGAUGGAUAAACUAUUAGCUAGUGCACAUUCUGGCAGAUAUAUAGACUCUAGGUUUGAAGUGAGCUGGUUAAAAUCGUACAAAGGCUCGCAGUAUUAUAACGACUCGUCAAGGUCGGCAUUUCAAGUUGGUCUUCAGGAGUUCUUUAAUGACCCGCAAUACUCUGUGUUUGAAAACGAUGUCCGCACUUAUAAUGUUGACGGAAAUAUAACUGCGUCACGUGUGUACGUUCGUUCAGUGAAUUUAGAGAGCAGUCAAGAGGAAGGGGACAUGAUGCUAGAGGCACGUGACAUUGCUAACUCUGCCGAAAUAGAUUGUUUUGCUUUCUCACCGGCUUUUAUCAUUUCUGAAUUGUAUGUCCGAAUAUUUGGACUUACUCUCCAGUCUGUGGGUAUAGCUUUGGAAGCUGUUUUUGUAAUCACGUGUAUUUUUAUGCCACACCCAGUCCUGAUAGUGUUUGUUACACUGGCUGUGACGUCAAUAAUGGCAGGUGUGGUAGGUUUCAUGUUAUAUUUAGAUGUGUCACUAAGUGCAAUAUCAAUGCUUAUGUUGAUUAUGAGCAUCGGAUUUUCUGUAGACUUUACCGCCCAUAUUUGCCAUGGUUACAUGAUUUCAGACGGAGAGUCACGUGCUCUACGAGUACGUCAGGCAAUAGACAAAACAGGUGCUCCAAUUUUCCAUGGUGCCGUAUCAUCACUGUUAGGUAUUCUUGUUCUUGUUGGUGCAAAAUCUUAUAUCUUUAGAUCUUUUGCUGCUGUAAUGUCGUUCGUUUUGUUAUUCGGCAUUACGCAUGCGCUGUUUUUGCUUCCGGUAAUAUUGUCAUGGUUUGGUCCAGGGAGAAUUAAUAAAGUGGAUCGACAAUCAAAAAUGAAGAGCAUGACAAAUAUAGCGGAAUCAGGCGCCGAUAAUGAUCAGUUGUAGCAUAGAAAAUAGUUUUUUUAUUCAAUCUUGUAACAAUUGUUUUUCUGUACGUUUUUAAAUUGUGCUGGAAAGGUAUUAUGAGUUAGAGAUUUUAAUAAAAAAAUACAUGCCAUAUCAUUAAGCUUGUGCAAUCACAUUGAAAUACAUGUAGUAUUUUCCAUACCAUUCCAGCUUUUGUCUUCAGGAACAAUUUUUUUUAUCAAUUAAUUAAUUUAGUCAGGUAUUUCGUUGAAUCUCAAACUGUAUACACACUAUCACAUCAGACAUUUUGUUUCAUUUAGUUACACAGUUUUAUGAAAGGGUUUUAUGUGAGGCAUUUCAUGCAAUCUCCAAUUAUUGCUUUAUGGUAAUAUGCACCAUAUCGCCUGAUGACAUUUACUCAUUAAAUGCAAUGACAUUGGACAUUUUCUAUCAUUAAUGUAAAGCUUAAACUAAAAAUCGGAGGUGACCGUUUCAAACCUUUAAUUAGAAUUCAUUAAUUCUUAAAUAUCAAAUUAUAUGGAUAUGUAGAGAAGCUCAAAUAAUUUUUUUCUCAUUAAAUCGUUUGAUAAUCGUAUAAUGUUUAACAAAGACAUUUCAAUGGCGUGUCCGUGGCCGAGCUUGUACCACCUCUUGGCUCGAAUCUCGCCAGAAAACUUGGAUUCUUUCAUGUGAGGAAGCUAUUAAGCUAGCUUACGGAACGUCGGUGGUUCUAUUUAGGUGCCUUUACAUAUUUUAGCUAAACCAAUGCAUAGGUCUGUGACUGGUUUCAUAUAUACAUAUAUACAUGUACACUAUUCGCCUACUUUUAUUGUUAUUUGUCAUAUUUUUCAGCUGUUUUUUUCCCCUGAAAUUAGUAAUGUGUUACUUUUAAAAUUUUAUCUUAUAUUUGAAAUUGUUUUUAUUAAUGUUUGGUUGACUUGAAUACAACUGAUUCAAUAUUUGUAUUUUUUCUAGUGUAUAUGGCCCUAUAUCUAGUGUCUCGAGUUCUCAACAUUCCAUAUUUGUACAUUAUUACAUUUAUUGCAGGCAUAUCAUAACAAGUGUUGUGUAACAACUUUCUGUGACUUGUUUUACAAUUUUUAUUAUAUUAUUUUUUUAGAAAACAUUGUUUCAAUUUUGAAAUGUUCAGUGUAUGUUUGGUACGAAAUUAUAAUAAAAAAUGUUAUUAUUGUCAAUGUUAUUGUCUAAUGGCCAAUGUUGAAAUCUUUAUAAAAUUAAUGUAUAAAAAGUGAAUCUGAAAAA